GCCUAUUUAAGCAGCAUCCGUAAGCCAGAGAAUUUCAUAGAAUCUCCAAUCUCGAAACGAUGAACACAUCAACGGCAAUCAAGUUUGUAGCUGCUCUGGCGCUUUGCUCCAUAGCUCUCUCCGCCGAUGCCCUGCAGAUUGAGCCCCGCAGCAGUUGGGGAGCAGUGGCUGCUCGUUCGCCCUCGAGGAUUUCGGGUGCCGUCGACUAUGUGAUCAUCCACCACUCGGACAAUCCCAAUGGCUGCUCCACGUCCGAUCAGUGCAAGCGCAUGAUUAAGAACAUCCAGUCGGAUCACAAGGGUCGCAGGAACUUCAGCGACAUUGGCUACAACUUCAUUGUGGCCGGAGAUGGCAAGGUGUACGAGGGUCGUGGUUUCGGACUCCAGGGAUCACAUGCCCCCAACUACAACCGCAAUAGCAUCGGCAUCGUCUUCAUUGGCAAUUUCCAGAGCACCGCUCCCUCGUCCCAGAUGCUCCAGAAUGCCAAGGAUCUGAUCGAGCUGGCCAAGCAGCGCGGAUUCCUCAAGGACAACUACACGUUGUUUGGCCAUCGACAGACCAAGGCCACCUCCUGCCCGGGAGAUGCCCUCUUCAAUGAGAUUAAGACCUGGCCCCACUGGAGGCAAAAAUAAGUCCACAAUUUGCUUAAGUAAUACCCUUCCAAUAUUAUAAAAAUGUUGCUAUAAUAAAUGUAUAAAAUGUA